GUUUUUAUUGUUUUUUUUUGAAUUUUUUUUUUGGGUUUGAUUACAAAGUAUACCAGUUGAUAUUAAUGGAAAAACAAAUGUUAGGUUGUUACUCUCUCUCGCUCUCCGGCGGCAGAACAAAAUCUAUAUUUUCACUUUUUUUUUCAUUCAUUACUUGAAAACUUGUUUGCUAUGUCGAAUCAACAUCAUUGACCAAACGAUGAUGAUGAUAUAAUUAUUAUUGAGUACACGUGUAAAUCCAUAGACAAAAUUAUUCGAUUUUUUUUUCUAAUUUGUAAAAAAUUUUAUCUCGAAAAACAAUAAUCAUGUCGAAUUUAAUGACAAAAUUUAUUGUUAUCAAUACAAAAUUACUUGUAAAUACAUAUACAGCCAUUACAUUACCAUUGUAUACAAUAUAUCAAAGACCAUGGCAAAAAUUACGUAAAUCAAAAAUGUUUCAGGUACAAAUGUAUAAAGAUAAAAAUGGCCGAAAUAUUUAUUAUCGUAAUGGUCCUAAUGAAUUAGAAUGUUCAUUUAUUAAUCAUCAUCGAACAGUAACCGAUUUACUAAAAACAUUGGAUCGUAAUCGAAUAGCAGUAGGUGCACGUAAUGUAAUUAGUGAAAAAUUACACUGUGAUCAAAAUGGUAAACCAAUUAUUGUUGAUGGAAAAGAAUUGACCAAAAUCGAAUUAAGUAAUGAUUAUAAAUGGUUAACAUCCGGUGAGAUUAUGGAUCGUGCUGAUGCUAUUGCACGUGGAUUACAGCGAUUAGGCAUCAAUCAAAAUGAUAAAGUCAUUAUCUAUGCUGAUAGUAAUGUUGAAUGGUUUUUAGUUUCAUUAGCUUUGAAUCGUUUAUGUGCUAUAACAAUAACAUUAUUCUCUACAUUGGGUGAUACCGGUGUAUUGUAUGGCCUUAAUCAAAGUGAAGCACCAUAUCUUGUUAUUGGUGAAUCGUUGUUGAAAAAAAUUGAUAAAUUUGAUGAUAAAAUUCAAUAUCUUAAGAAAAUUUUUUACAUUCCAAAUAAUCCUGCAUCUUAUAAAAGUAAUGAUAUAAAUGUUCAAAUUGCCAAAGAUAGAUUAGGAAAAAAUUAUCAAUUAUUUUCAAUGAAACAAGUGGAAAAAGAUGGUUCACAAAUUCAACCAUAUGAAUUUCCUGAUGCCAAACCAGAAGAUGUAAUGAUGAUAAUGUAUACGUCGGGCACUACAGGCAAUCCAAAAGGUGUAAUAUUAACACAUGAUAAUUUUUCAUCAUUUAUAUCAUCAUUAUCAAAAUGGAAUCAUGAAUGGCCUUUGAUUGAACCUCAAUCAACUUAUCUAUCAUUCUUACCAAUGGCUCAUCUAUUCGGUUUUAUUUGUAAUUUAUAUGCAUAUUUGGGCAAUAAACGAAUUGCCUUUUCUUCGCCAACUACAAUGUUCAGUUCAUCAAUAUCUCAUGUUCAUGGCCAAACUGGUGAUAUUCGUUUGAUCCGACCAGAACUUCUAACAUGUGUGCCAUUAGUAAUUGAAAGGAUAAUCAAAGAAAUCUAUCAAAAAUUGAAUUCAAAGUCUACUGUUGCCUCUCCUGUAUUCACUUAUCUAAUGGAUUAUAAAAUACGAUGGUCAGAGCGAGGUUAUGAUACACCAUUGAUUAAUAGAUUUUUAUGUAAACGAAUUAAUCAACAAUUUGGUGGCCGAUUAAAAACAAUCGUAUCGGGUAGUGCACCACUUAAUAAACGUGCACAUGCCUUAAUCAAAGCUGCAUUGAAUGCCAAUGUUAUUAUCGGUUAUGGUGCUACAGAAGUUACUUGCUGUUCAACUUUUAUGGCAAUGACAGAUCUAUCAUAUGGAAGAUGUGGCAUUCCAUUGGAUGCGGUAAAAUUUUAUCUCGAUAAUUGGUCCGAAGGCGGUUAUAGUGUUGAUGAUCAACCGAAUCCUCGAGGUGAAAUUAUAAUUGGUGGUAAAUUAGUUUCAAUGGGUUAUUAUAAAAUGCCCGAACAGACAGCUCAAGAUUUUUAUGUUGAUGAAGAUGGUUGUCGUUGGUUUCGUACCGGUGAUAUUGGUGAAUUGUAUCCAGAUGGUACAUUGAAAAUUAUUGAUCGUAAAAAAGAUCUAACUAAAUUGGCUAAUGGAGAAUUUAUUUCGCUUGGAAAAAUUGAAUCCGGUUUACGGACAUCACGUUAUGUGGAAAAUGUUUGCAUCUGUACCGAUCGUUUUCGCAAUGAAAUCAUUGCAUUAGUCGUGCCUAAUCAACAAACACUUCGAACAUUGGCCAAAGAAUUACAGAAGGAACAUUUAUCAUUGGAACAAAUGUGUGAAGAUUCGACAAUUAAUCAAAAAGUUUAUGAAUCGAUCGUUGAUCGUUGUCGACAAUUAGCGUUUAAAAAACCUGAAAUACCUGUCAAAAUUGUAAUAGUCAAAGAACAAUGGACUCAGGAAAACAAUCUUCUAACUGCUGCAUUCAAAAUGCGACGUCAAGCAGUUCAAAAAUUUUAUCAGGAAAAAAUACAAGCCAUUUUCGGUGAAAUUCCUUCGAACAUAUAGAAAAUCCAUAAUUUGGUUGCUCGUUCUCGAAAGACUUGUACUUUCAAAAAACAAACAAACCAAAAAAAAUUUUUUUGGAACUCUUUACCCGGGCGCAUGCUACUUCCAUUUGUUUUCUACCUGUUUUUUUCUUACCUUGGACCCUUCCUAAACGACCAGAAAAAGUUUUUUUUUACUAAUCAUUUUUAUUCGAUUUUUACUCACUUUAAGAUUUUUUUAUCAAUUUUUUCUUCAAAUUAUUUUUAAUUUAUUCGAAACAAUAUCUGUUGUGUUUAACUUAAUACUGUGUAAUCAAUUCAUUUCUAUUAUUAUCAUUCGAGAUAUUGAAAAAAAACCGA